GCGCCCGAGGAUUGGCAGUGGGGCUCCGCCUUCGCCAUGGCUGCCGCCCGCCGCCGGGGCUACUAAGUAGCUGCAGGGGUGCUGUUCUCCGCUGCAGCUCCCCGGCCGCCCUGUCCGCGGGCGGGUGGCGCAUGGGUCACCUCCGAGGCGCGCCCCCGUGCGCUCGGGCCAUGGCGCGUCUGGGUGCUGUGCGCUCCCACUACUGCGCGCUGCUGCUGGCCGCGGCGUUUGCCGUCUGUGCCUUCUACUACCUAGGCUCCGGCCGGGAGACCUUCUCCAGCGCCACCAAGAGGCUGAAGGAGGCCCGCGCCGGAGCCCCCGCCGCACCCUCGCCGCUGGUGCCGGAGCUGGCGCAGGGCUCCGUGGCGCCGGCCCCAGGUGCUAAGGCCAAGAGCCUGGAGGGCGGCGGGGCCGGGCCGGUGGACUACCACCUGCUGAUGAUGUUCACCAAGGCGGAACACAAUGCCGCGCUACAGGCCAAGGCCCGCGUCGCGAUCCGCUCCCUGUUGCGCCUCGCUAAGUUCGAGGCGCACGAGGUGCUUAACCUGCACUUCGUGAGCGAGGAGUCCAGCCGCGAGGUGGCCAAGGCCCUGCUGCGGGAGCUGCUACCGUCCGCCGCCGGCUUCAAGUGCAAGGUUGUCUUCCAUGAUGUCGGUGUGCUGACGGACAAGCUCUUCCCCGUCGUGGAGGCCAUGCAGAAGCACUUCAGUGCCGGCUCUGGGACCUACUACAGCGACUCCAUCUUCUUCCUUUCAGUGGCCAUGCAUCAGAUCAUGCCCAAAGAGAUCCUGCGGAUAAUUCAGCUGGACUUAGACCUAAAGUACAAGACCAACAUCCGGGAAUUGUUUGAGGAGUUCGAUAACUUCCUGCCCGGCGCCGUCAUUGGCAUAGCAAGGGAGAUGCAGCCAGUGUACAGGCACACAUUCUGGCAGUUCCGUCAUGAGAACCCCAAGACCCGGGUCGGGGGCCCUCCCCCUGAGGGGCUCCCCGGCUUCAACAGUGGGGUGAUGCUGCUCAACCUGGAGGCCAUGCGCCAGUCCCCACUGUACGGCCGCCUGCUGGAGCCGGCACAGGUGCAGCAGCUGGCCGACAAGUACCACUUCCGGGGUCACCUCGGGGACCAGGACUUCUUCACCAUGAUCGGCAUGGAGCACCCCGAGCUCUUCCACGUGCUGGACUGUACCUGGAACCGGCAGCUUUGCACCUGGUGGAGGGACCAUGGCUACAGAGACGUCUUCGAUGCCUACUUCCGGUGUGAGGGCCACGUCAGGAUCUACCACGGGAACUGCAACACCCCUAUCCCAGAGGCCUAGGCGCCUCCUUGCCCGCCAUGCCCUCGGGCUCGGGAUCUGGGGAAGGAGAAGGGCGCCUCUCGGACAGGCCCGGGGCAGUGUCUAAGCUCCUAGAGAGAGACACUGCAGGGACGUCCUUGUGAUCAGGUGCUGCAGCUCUCCCAGCACACGUUGCUGUCCUGAAGCCAUCCAAUGACGACUGGACCCUUUGCCCCCACUGGUGCUCUGGACUGUCUGCCUCCAGGGGCCAGGUGUCAUGAAGGACAAACACAUAGACCUCCUCCGGUGGGCUAGGAAGUGAGCAUUUGAAAAGAAGGAAGAAAAACAAAACGGUGCCCCUUGCCUUCAGCCCCCAAAGAAUGGAAAUCCUUUUAAGAACUGGGCUUUCUUCGACCAAAUAUAAACUUAUUUUAAAUCAACAGGUGAGACAGAGCAAACAGUACUGCUGUAGCUCCCAGUGAGCUCUAAAUGCAUGAGCCAG